CCAUGAAAAAAAUUUCCAAAAAAUCCACCGGCACACUGAUACAUUGCUGCCCAUUCAUUUCCUUCUCGCUCUCUCACAGAAAAUGGCAGCAUUAUCUUCCCUCCACCACAACCAGAAUCAUAUAAGAUGGGCGCCUUUGAUACACAAGAAAGCCAAAUUUAAUGUUUCUGAGAGGUUGAACUGCCCUACCAGAGGACAUUCCAGCCAAGGCCAUCAAGUCCUUUGGUCAAGGACGUGUUGCUUUACCAGAGUCGCAGCUUCUCUUAAUGUAGACCUCGCAAUGUCACAUGGAGACAUUUCAGGGGAGCCGUUUAGCACUCCUGAGGCUGUGAGGAAUAUCAACGUAGGCAUACCAAAGACAUCAGAAGCUACCUCAAAUUUAAUUCAGAGAUUGAUGCUGGCAGAUUUAGACCCUGCCGCAGCGAAGUCAGCGGUAGGUAUCUGGGGGCCAAUCCUCUCAGCAUUUUCCUUUCUAUUUAUUUUGAGGAUAGUAAUGUCAUGGUACCCAAAGCUUCCUGUCGGGGAGUUUCCAUAUGUGUUAGUUUAUGCUCCCACAGAACCACUUCUCAUUCCGACCAGAAAGUUGAUUCCACCACUUGGAGGAGUGGAUGUGACUCCUGUGGUAUGGUUUGGGUUAUUGAGUUUCCUUAACGAAAUAUUGGUCGGUCCUCAAGGGCUUCUGGUUCUUCUUUCUCAGCAGAUUAGCUGAUGCUUCCUGGAUGCACCGGGAAGCCAAAUCUGUAUUCAAUUUUGUAUGGCGAGACUUCGUACACGUAAACUGGCGAAGGCUGAGUUUGUUUUUUCAUUUAACCAACUGAUGCUGGUGCUUCCUGAACUUGUGAAGUGAAGUGACUGCUUGAAUUGCAUACAUUUAUAGCACAUAAUAAUAGCUGCUUUUGAAAA